GGUCUACAACGCACGCCGGUGGUUAUCAGAAAAACAGUACAUUUUUUUACAUAAAUAUAUAGUAGAUCAAUAUAAAAAAAUGGCUCUGGAACUUUUAACUUUGGCAAAUCCCGUGUUUAAGAGCUAUGCCUUCUGGUCAGGCGUGCUGGUGCUCAAAAUGUUUGUCAUGAGCCUGCUGACGGCCAUCCAGCGUUUUAAGACUAAGACUUUUGCAAAUCCCGAGGAUUUGAUGUCGCCCAAGCUCAAGGUUAAAUUCGAUGACCCCAAUGUGGAGCGUGUGCGUCGUGCGCAUCGCAACGAUCUGGAGAACAUUUUGCCAUUUUUCAUUAUUGGCCUCCUCUACACAUUAACCAACCCCGCUGCCUUCUUGGCCAUUAAUCUGUUCCGUGCCGUUGCCAUUGGACGCAUUGUGCACACAUUGGUCUACGCUGUGGUUGUUGUCCCUCAGCCGGCGCGUGCUCUGGCCUUCUUUGUAGCGCUGGGAGCUAGCAUCUAUAUGGCACUGCAGGUUGUUCUGGUUGCCUUGUAAACUGGCUUAAACAAAUUGUUUACAUUUACAUACAUUAUUGUAAUUAACAAGUAAUAAUUAAAAAACUUGUUUCGCGGUAGGGUUUACUUUAUUAUAGUUUGCCAUUUUAAAAG